AUGAAGAUGCUGCUUCCGACGCUGUCGGCCGACCCGGCCGAGGCUGCGCUCCGGCAGCUGCUCGCGAGCGCGGCCGACCUUCUUGCGGCCAACGAGAUACCCGAGGCGCGCACACUCUAUCUCGAGGCGCGCCAGAGCUACGCGCGUCUCAAGCUCCAUGUGUUUGGUGGCGAGCCACAGCAAGACGACGCAACGUCACCGCACCGGUCGUCGCUGCUUCAGGCGCUGCCACCGCCGUGCGAAAGCCUCGGCGAGAAGCUCCAGGCGCUUGGCGUCGCGCUCGGCAGUGCAUCCUGGACAGCGCUGCAAGCGGCCAUCGAGGCCAAGACGUGGGACAUUGCACAGCUCGCCGAGUGCCUUCUCUACAUGCCGACGCCAGAGGUGUGGACGCUCUACGUGGAGAAGCGGUCGCGCAUGGCCGCGGCGCUCGUCUCGGGCUUGAACCCGACCUUGACGCAGUACACGGACGCCGUCGCGGCCUUUCUCCGCGCCGACGUGGACGCCGUCGCGAUCCCUUGCGGCGACGACGGGACGACGUUCGUGAGCGCAUUUGCCGGCGCCACGUCGCCGACCGCCGACGUCAGCGACCGCCUGCGUCACCUCGUCGCCACCGCGUAUGCGCCGCCGCUGCAGGAGCUCAUCGAGACGGCCGUGACAUACUUGACAAGUGACGUGAACGCGUGGAUGAUGGUCAAAGACACCGUGUCGUCGUCCGUUGUGCAUUUCGGCGACGUGCGCUUCCAUUAUGGCAAGAAGCGGGCGUUCGAGUACCGGUAUGCCAACGCGGCGCAGGUCGUGCCGCCGCCAACGCCGACGUCACUCCGGACAUCCAUGUCGUCGUCCUUGGCCCGCAUCAACGUCCGUCUCAGCUCCAUCACAGGGUCCCGUCCGUCGUUUACGAUGCCAAUGGCCCAGACCGCCAAAGUCAAGGUGCUCCUCGCCGACCCAUGUGUGCAUGGCGUGUGGCGCUUUGUGCACAUCGACCGGGGCGGGUUCUCGGGCCAGCCGAUACCGACGAGCUUGCGCCGCUGUCUCUUUGUGUACUUUGACGAGCUCGAUAUGGUCGCAUCGCACUGCAAGCGGAAAGGCAAGCUCGAGUUUUGCAUCGGGUGGCCCGUCCUCGCGUGCAUCGCGACGCCGACCGAGGCCAUUUGGGUCAACGCGGUCAUCGACGCGGUCCAAAGCGACGCCAACACGUGUACGGUAGUCGAUGCAACGACCAAGAAGCGCUACGACGAAUGCCUCCCCAUGGACACGCACAUACGCCUUGCGCCAACGGACCCGAAAUGCAGGAUACACUCGGGCCAGCGCUGGCUCAACCUCAUGGACGAUGUCACGCAGGCCGUGUCGGCGCUCGUAAAGGCGCUUCCGAGUAGUGUCGACCUCGGCGCGCUCCAUCGGCAGCUCUGGUCGGCCCUCGCACCGCCGAUGCGCGUCGCCGACUACAUCUUUUCUCGCUACCUGCGCACUGUGCUGCAUGCGGCCCGCACGACGUCGUCCCCCGGCGUCUCGAGUGCCGUGAUCCUCGGGUCCUUUGAUACCACGGGCUUUUACUCGACGGCGAUUCUCAGUACGUCGGCGCUCGACGAGUACACGCUGCGCGCGCAGGCCGAGACGCUUGCGUUGAUUGUACAUGACAUCACCGAGAGCUUGAGUCCGUGCAUUCAAACCGGUGGGUUUGCCGAGGUCCUUCGCUUGUACGCCCAAGUCGUACACGAAGAGGUGACGGCGUUCGCCCAUGCGCUGCAGUUGCUCCUCGCCGAGCACGCGCUCUCAAUGGACGCGGUGCUCGAAGGCGGCGUCGGGCUGAUCGUGUUACUGGAUACGUGGCGGCUCUCACGCACGCAGCUGCGGCCGCCCAUGGACCGCAGCGCGGCCGCCAUGCACUGGACGAUCGAGACGCUCGACAAGAUCGAACGCGUCAUCAGUGAUCUCGUUGCCACGUCGCUCCACUAUGUCCACUCGUUUGUCCUUCACGAGUGUGCGUGCAUCUACAUGCCCAGCAUCGUCGCGCAGGAGUGGGACGCGAUCAAGCCGUACUUUAACAAUACGCGCAUCUCGGCCGGCCUUCAAGCCAUGGGCCUUCGCUUCACGCGCCUCCUUCUCAAGCUCAAGGCCAGCGCAGCCGGACUGGGUCACUCAAGGCAGCUCGCCCUCGAUAUGCUUGGCAGCCUCAGCGUCCACAUGGUUCAGUCAGUGCUCGAGCUCUACGCGACGCUGACACCAUCGCGCGGCCGCUUGGACCAGUUCCGCAUCGACGGCCUCUACUUUGUGCUCGGCUUUUUCAGUAGUUUGCGCGCGUGCGUCCUCGACCUCGGCGUCGCCGCCGACACGUCGUGGCUUCGGCUGAGCGCGGAGGGUCUCGUCGCGUUCUUGCGUCGCUUGGCGCUACUGUUGGGCCCCAUCAGCACGAUCGAGCUCUACGCCACGAAAACCAAGUCGUUCAAACGGACGCUGCCCGGUAUUUCAGGCGCGUACGACGUCUUGGAUCGGUUCGUCACACCCGUUCUCUUGACGCUCAAGUGCAAUCUCAGCGAACACGUGUCGUCCAAAUACCCAUGGCAUCUGCACGCGCUCGUGCCCGACAUUGCCGCGCUUCGGACGCUGGACCUCGACUGGGCCGGCAUUCUGGGCGAGUGCAGCGUCUCCAAGUGGGAAGCGGUGACAUGGCUAAAGAAACGGCGUGAAAUGAUCGACGGUACGUACCCAGCGCUGACGCCCGACGAGUGUGCGACCAAGGCGCGUCUCCACACCCUGCUCGGCGAGCCGCCAGCAUAA